AUGGUGGCGGCGGUGGCGCGAUGGGCGGCGGGGCUGGUGUUGGUGGUGUUGGUGGUGUUGGUGGGUGGGGUGGUGGGGGAGGAUCGGUUCUGGGGUGGUGGGGAUGUGGCUUUGCUGGAGCAGCGUGUUCGGGCGGCAAUUUUGCCCACUUCGCCAGUGGCGACGCUGCCUGCCUUUGUGUCCCACGCGACGACGCAGCUCACCGCAGACUGCGCUUUCGACGAUAUCAACUACAAUGACACGGACGGGCGCUCGUGGUGGCUCACCAGGACACUGCUUUUUAGCCUACACUUGCAGCGGGUGAUGCUCAUGGCCAUUGAGUUGGCCACCAAUUCUUCCGCUGAGCCCAGCCUGCGCAACCGCACCAACUGUGCCUUGCAGUACUGGCUCGACAACGACUUUAUCAACGACAAUUGGUGGUGGAACGAGAUCGGCACGCCUCACAUCGUGGCCAAGAUCCUGCUUACACUCAACCCCAGCCCAGACAUGCUAGAACGAGCCCAGCCGAUCCUGGCACGGGCCACCUUGAGUGCCGCCGCCGCUGCAACGGGCUGCAAUCGCGUUUGGGCAAGUGGCAGCUUUCCCCCAGCAUGCUCGCCAUCCUUUUUGCGGAUGCUGUUGGCCCAGAACAACAUCUUCCGCGGCCUUUUAGAGAGGGGCAAUACUACACGUUUACGCACUGCCUUUGACCUCAUCUAUUCCACUGCCAUCAGUCAGUGUCGGCGCUUCCCGCCGCAGCGCACUGGCGCAGCCUGUCAAGCCCUGACCACCGCCCUUUACAUGGGUUGGGGCUACGGUUCCAUCUUCACUGCCAACAUGCUCAGCAUCACCUCAUGGGCUGCCAACACCUCCUAUGCCAUUGACACUGAUCCCUGGAACGUCCUGGCUCAAUACAUCCUCAAGGGCCAACGCCUGGCCACCCGAGGUCCCAACUUUGAUUACACUACUUCUGGCCGGCUCAUGACAUACUUUGUUCAAAACGACGAAUUCAAUAUCAAUCAAGGCCACUACCACUACUUUGCCGCCUUUACCGACUUUCGCCUGGCCUUCCCCGCGUUUGAGCCUCCACGCCUCACGCCGCUAGCCGUUAUAUUUGCGCCUCUUCUGCCUGAGGUAUCGCCCAGCGCUCCACAGAGCUCGGAGCUGCAGGCGUUUGGCAAGUGCCUUUUGACCACCGAGACUUGUGACCGGCCGGCAGAGACCGUACACUAUUACGACUCUGACUAUCUCGUGCAUCAGCGUCCAAACUUGACAAUAUCGUUGCGCAUGUUCUCUAACCGCACCAUCAACUCGGAGUGUAUUAACGGCGAAAACCUGCAAGGGCGCGCACUUGCGGACGGGGUGGUCAAUCUCUUUCAAACGGGACGCGAGUACGAAAACAUCUUCCCAGUGUGGAACUGGAAGCGUCUGCCUGGUACUACUGAGUUGCAAAGCCCGACAGAGUACACCUGUGCAACCGUGCAGGAUGUGAUUCAUCGCCCCUGGACGGGUGCCGCUAGUGAUGGACAAGUGGCUGCCGCCACGAUGGACUUUGCUCGCGGCCACAGUGAUCACAUAUAUGCCGCCAAGUCGUGGUUCUUUUACGACGAUGCCGUCAUCGCCCUAGCGGCCAAUCUCAGCAGCACGGAUCUGUCUUACAACCUCACGACCUCGCUUGACCAACGCCUGCUCAAUGGCCCUGUGCUCAUUGAAUGGACCAAUGGCAGUCAGACUGAGUUUGCCGCAAAUCAAAGCGUUUCGCUCAUGGGCGUUCAGGCCCUUCGUCACGAUGGUAUCCGCUAUGAUCUUGAACUCUCUCCUGACGCCGUGAUCGAGCUAUCCACGGAGGUGCAGCGCGGGUCAUGGGCCGACAUCACGCAGGGACCCUCCAACCCCGUGGCGCACGCUGUCUUCUCGCUCAGCGUGGUGCACGGUGUUGGCAAAGCCGUGACGCCAACAUGCGCUUAUCGCCUGACCCGCGAGGAUAGCGCGCCCGACACCUCCAAAGUCACUGUCAUCUCAAAUGAUGAGGCAGUCCAAGCCGUGAUGGUUCAGACCACUGAUGCAGCAACCGUCUUUAUAGUGCAGCGCCAAGUCAUGUCGACCGCUUAUCUUGCGCGCUUGAGUCAACAACAGCAUGCGUCCCUUGGCUGGUCUGUCACGCCAUUGUCAGUGGGCAUUGUUACGGUGCGGCAGGCUGUGGGAAGCUCGGAAGUUGAAUUGGCCGUCAACAAUCCUCAUCUGGAAGCACGUCCCAUGAACGUCGUGUUGAAUCUCAAUGGUUUGACUUGCCCGGGUGCCACAAAUGAUCGUGUGAUCGUUGAGUUGCCAGAGCAUACCCACGGCGCAAGCACGCUGGUUGCAUGCACGAUUGUUCAAUCUUAA